AUGGUGAACAACUCCACCCAAGCUGCAGCUGUGGAACUUUGCUAUGAGAAUGUGAAUGGAUCCUGCAUUAAAACCUCGUACUCACCGGGUCCUCGAGCAAUUCUGUACACAGUCCUUGGUUUUGGGGCUGUGCUGGCCAUGUUUGGAAACUUACUGGUUAUUAUUGCUAUCCUUCACUUCAAACAGCUGCACACACCUACAAACUUUCUGAUCGUGUCCCUGGCCUGCGCUGACUUCUUGGUGGGGGUGACUGUCAUGCCCUUCAGCACAGUGAGGUCUGUGGAGAGCUGCUGGUACUUCGGGGAGAGUUACUGUAAAUUUCAUACAUGUUUUGAUACUUCCUUCUGUUUUGCCUCUUUAUUUCAUUUAUGCUGUAUCUCCGUUGAUAGAUAUAUUGCUGUAACUGAUCCUCUGACUUAUCCAACCAAGUUUACUGUCUUGGUAUCAGGCAUAUGCAUUGUUCUCUCUUGGUUCUUUUCCAUCACCUAUAGCUUUUCCAUCUUCUACACUGGGGCCAAUGAGGAAGGAAUCGAGGACUUGGUUGUUGCUCUCACCUGUGUAGGAGGGUGUCAGGCGCCACUGAAUCAAAAUUGGGUUCUACUUUGUUUCCUUCUAUUCUUUAUACCCACUGUCGCCAUGGUGUUUAUAUAUGGUAAGAUCUUUUUGGUGGCCAAACAUCAGGCUAGGAAGAUAGAAAGUUCAGCCAGCCAUGCUCAGUCUUCCUCAGAGAGUUACAAAGAACGGGUAGCAAAGAGAGAGAGAAAAGCUGCUAAAACAUUGGGUAUUGCUAUGACAGCAUUUCUUGUCUCUUGGCUGCCAUACAUUAUUGAUGCCGUGAUUGAUGCUUAUAUGAAUUUUAUAACUCCUCCUUAUGUUUAUGAGAUUUUAGUGUGGUGUGUUUAUUACAACUCAGCUAUGAAUCCCUUGAUAUAUGCUUUCUUUUACCCAUGGUUUCGGAAGGCAAUAAAACUUAUCAUAAGUGGUAAAGUCUUAAGGAGAGAUUCGUCAACAAUCAAUUUGUUUUCUGAGGAAGCAGAUAUAGAGUGACAAGAUGGCUACAGGGAUUUGGAAACUAACAUGGAAUUAAGGUCAAGUGUGAAAUUAAGCACUUCAAUCAAGAGAGGCAAGUGUAAUCAUCUGCAAGUGGGAGGAUAUUAUAUUCAACAUUUAGUUGUUCUAAAGCAUUUGUUGUCCUUAUGUACUUCAGCAUUUUUUUUUUUUGAA